CUGGGUUGAUUCCUCAGAAAUUGAUAGUUUGCUACUGUUUACUUACUUGAAUUUACUGAAAUAAUAAUUCAAAAUACUCAUGGCUUCUAAUAACAAAAUAGAUAUUGGUUUCUUAGAAGAAAAGAGCAACUGGCUUUUACAUCCUAAGUAUUUUCCCAGCAAAGUAGGUGGGAAACCAGCAUGGUUGAAUUUACAAGAUCUACCGAGCCCUAACGAAUUAAGUUGUAAAAAAUGCGACGAACCUUUGGUGUUUUUAUGUCAGAUUUACGCUCCGUAUGAGGAAUCCGAUGAUGCUUUUCACAGGACUAUAUUUUUGUUUAUAUGCAGAAAUGGAUCUUGUUGUCAAAUAAAUAGUUCUGAUAACUUAAAAGUAUUGCGAUGCCAGCUUCCAAGGAAGAAUGAUUUUUACUCUUUCGAACCAUAUGAAGAGAUAGAAAGUGAAGACUUUCCAAUGGACAAGUGGCCUCGCUUAUGCAACCUCUGUGGUUGUAAAGGACCUUCACAUUGUUCCAAAUGCAAGAAAACAUACUAUUGCAGUCGUAAACAUCAAAUUUUAGACUGGCAAAAAGGUCAUAAACAAAUCUGUCCUGAAUUACAGACUGCUGAUGUCAAGCCAAAUAAUUUUAUAGUAACAGAGUCUGGGAAAUCAGUACUAUUCAAGGAAUGGGAACUUAUAGUUGAUGAAGAGGAUGAGGAAGACCCUAAAGAUGUGAAUAUAAAUGAAGAAAUGGAAAAGUUGCAAAAGUUGAUGCAGGAGAAAAAAGCUGGCACACUGAGCAAUGUGAGUGAAGAUGAACUGGAACAAUACACUAAAACAAUGCCUGAAGAUAAAGUGUUUAACAAAUUCAGUAAGAGAGUAGCAAGGCAUCCAGACCAAGUAUUGAGGUAUGAUAGAGGAGGACAUCCUCUAUGGAUUACUGGGAAUUCUGGUAACAGCAUUGUUAAUGUUCCCAACUGUCAGUAUUGCAAUGAGGAAAGACAAUUUGAAUUCCAAAUAAUGCCACAACUCCUAAACUUUAUUGGUGUUGGAAUAGAAGUAAACAGCAUUGACUGGGGUGUACUUGUAGUGUACACCUGUAAAUCAAGCUGUUCUGAAGGACCAGCAUAUAAAGAGGAAAUAAUUAUAAAACAAGAUUUGUCAAGUUAAAAAUUAUAAUACACUAAAAACUAUGUAAAUAAACUUAUAAUUAUAACAAAUUACUAUUACUUUUCUUUAGCAGGUUUACCAUAUUCUUCUGCAAGGUAUGUCAUCAAAUCAUUUAGACCAGUAAAUUCUGUUCUAGAUUUAGGCGGAUUGUUCUUUGGUAACACUGGUAACAUGUUACCCAUUUUCACUCUAAAGUCCUUCAAC